ACUGUAGACGGAGGGCUUCGCCAACAUGGCCGCUGCUAUCGAUCCUGUCUCAUGUAUUAUGGACAUGUUUUAUGGCAUGUGUGAUAAACUGAGAGGCCUCUAGUGAGCCGUUGUCUAAUCCGCAGUUACGGUCACGGUUGGUACGGUGACGUGGUUACGAUAGUAGAGUAGCGGCGGCACUGCGGCGGUUCCCCGGCCCGGAGGCCAAACAUGUGCGGGCGGUGAGGGCAGGAGGUAGAGAACACAGCUACGCCAUGGCCCGGCACCGAAACGUACGCGGUUAUAAUUACGAUGACGAUUUUGUCGAUGAUGACUUAUAUGGGCAGUCGAUGGAGGAUGACUACUGCAUCUCACCAGCUACAGCUGCACAGUUCAUAUAUUCUAAGCGUGACAGACAUUCAAGCUUCACUGAGCCGUUGGAAGAGGAAGAGGAUGAAGAUGUACAGGACAAGCCUAGAGCCUCACUCAUUGCUCUGAGUUCUGUUGAUCAAGCCCGUUUGUACUCUUGCCUUGACCACAUGAGGGAAGUCCUAGGGGAAACUGUUCCGGAGCAAAUCAUGAUUGAUGCAGUAUUGCAAUGUCAGUUUGAUGUCGCCAAGGCCCUGGACCUAGUUUUUAAACAGGACUGCAAAACCAGCAUGAAGCCUGAAAGAAAAGACUUGCCUGCUGCUGGGAGACCAGCUAAAGGAGCCCUAUUUACCUCUUUACAUAGCUUGUGUAAUGAUCGAACUGUAACUUGUCCACUUAAAGACAACUCAGAAUGUUUUGAGAGGUCACAGUUUACCUGUCAUGCUCCACCAAAGAAACAGACUAGUGCUGUUUCAGGUGACCUGAUAGAUGAUAAAAGGGAAAAUAUUUUAUCCAAUGUAAAUUCCAAUUUGUCUUUAUCUUCCCUGAUAAAUGAAACUUCAAAUCAAAACUUGUGUAGUGGGAAACCUGCUGCCUUGUCUGAAAUGAGUCUUUUUGACUUAAUUUCAAAUCCAGCUGGUAACACUAGCACAUCACAGGGACUAGAUCUAUCCAUGACGAAACUCUCUGACAUAGCUACGUGGCACUCUGAGGAGAUUCCAGGCUUAACACCAUUGCAGGAAAACUGUUCAACAAACAGGUCUUUGAACUUGGCAGUAGGCAACGAUCCUGUAAUCUGUGACACAGUGAGCAGUUUAGAUAAUUUACAUGAAAUUUCCUUUAUGAAGCAUAUUGGGCAAGAAAACAAUACGCUCUUAUGUAAACAUACCAAUUUAUUUGGAAGUCUAAGUUCAGUUUUACAGUCUGAGCACAGCGACUCAUAUGAUGGAGAAAGUGUAUCUGUGCCAGAUGGGAAUAAUUUGUCUGGGCCAAAGUAUGGAAGUCCAUCACUGGCAGAUCUGAUCCAGGAGUACAAACAAAGGAAUCCCCUGCAGGACAUUUCUUUUGAUAAUCCUCAGAAGAAUCUGUGUAAUACACAAAUGCAGACUGGAUCUCUUGUACCUUUGUCUCAGUUGUCUAAUCAACCCAGUACAAUGUCAGAUCUUCCAUCCCUGACAAAAUCAUUAUCUUCCCUUGCUGUAGCUCAGACCUCUGAUCCUAGGGAAGCACGAGUUUCACUUUCUUUCCUUACUACUGAAACUGACAAGCCUGUUCAUGAUGCCAUCCAUGGUGUAUUUCAGUCCAGUACAUUGCUUUUCACUGAGGCUGACACAAACAUUGAUCUCCGCUCUCUCAUUAGCAAGCCUGUUGACAGUGAUAUUACAAAACCUACAACUUGUGAACAGCUAGACUCUAAACCUGCAAGUCGCAAGUUCACGGACUCUGAAAGUAUGAUCAUUUCUAAGCAAGGUGGCCAUUGGGUGAGGUCCUUGAAAGCCAAACCUUCUGCCUUUGCAUUAAGCAUGUGUUUUACCUGCAUUCCAAAAGCAUGCAAGAAAAAGAUCUCCAUGAUUCCCCAGGACCAUCAUAAUAAUCCAAUGACUGUAGCAAGUGAAUUGGGGCAACCAGCACUUAUACCAUUUGAUUUUCAAGCCCCCUCCCCUGAUGACAUUGUGAAAGAGAGCCAAAAAAAGGCUUUUAUGAGAUAAAGCAAACUAUACCUUACCAAGUAGCUUGCUUACUAUUCCACUUUUCCCCUUUUCUUGGGAUAAUUAGUAAAUUUUUGUAGUUUUCAUAAAUAGAGCUAUAGAUGUACUUAUUUUAGAUUUCUGCAGGGAUUUUUAACCAAUAUUUUUAGAUUCUGUAACGGUGUUUGGUGCUUGAAGAUAUUUUUGACACCGUGUAAAUAUUUGCUGUGACUUUCAUUUUUUUUUUUGGGGGGGUGGGACCGCUGUUACUGAGGCAACAGGAUACCCGUUGUUCACUGGACAGUACAUACACAUACAGUCGGACUUUUGAGGCACAGUUUUUAAGGUGCCCAUAUGUUUUUAAUACGAAUCGUUUUAUUGGUUUAACUAUAGGUGAUUAUAGGGGUGUGGUAUGGUAUGCCGGCGGCUGUGCUCCCGGCGACCAGCAUACCGGCGCCGGAAGCCUGACCGCCGGCAUACCGACAGCGUGGCGAGCGCAAAUGAGCCCCUUGCGGGCUCGCUGCGCUCGCCACACUGCGGACACGGUGGCGCGCUACGAGCGCCAUGCUAUUCUCUCUCCAGGGGGUCGGUAUGCCGGCGCCGGUAUACUGUGCGCCGGGAUCCCGACAGUCUGCAACCUGAUUAUAGUAUUGUCUCUUGUGUAUUAAUUUUGUAACGAACUCCCAACACCUAUUCAAAAUUACAUUUUAUUUUUGGAGUAAUGUGUAGUUAAUUUUAAUGUAAGCAUGAUUGAUAAUGUCAUAAUGGUGCAUUUUUGUGAUUGCAGGAAAAGCAAUGAAAUUAGAUUAUGGGGACAAUUCAAAUGUGCCCCAAAACUUUCCGGGCAAAUAAAAUGUGCUUUAUAUUUUUUGGGCAGGUCAAUUGCAGCCUGUUUUUUCACCAUCCAAAAAAACAAAAAUUCCUGGAAUUAUGUGUUUUUGCUGCCACGGUUGCAAAAACGGGUCAUUUAACAGGGAUUUUAUUUGCGCCUGCCUCCGUGCAGGUGAGAAAAUAUCCCUGGUAGUGCUGGCUUUCUGGGCUAAGUUGAUAGCACCUGGGGGAUCAGUUAGCUGUGGUAAAUUACUGCGGCUAAUUAAAUGACCCCCCUAUUCGUUAGGUUCAAAGGGUGUUUCAAAUUAUGAUGGUGUUUAUAUUCAUAAAUCUAGAUUUUCUUUUAAAAUGGCACCUUAGCAGAUUUCUAAACAUAUUGUAAUUUAUUGGUAUGCAACUAUACGUUACAUUGAUGCAUUGACAACAUAAAUAAACAUCAUGUAGGGCUAUGCCAUGUGGGCACUGGCGAAUGCCAAAUGCUGAACAUUUAAAUAUAUAUAGCCUAGAUUUCAGUAUGACAAAUUAUUACAAAGCAAAUAUUUACAAAUGCUUUUUAGUUACCUUUUUCUGAGGUGAUUAUAGUGCUGUGAAAUAACAAGGGCUGCAGGCAAGUCCUCACAAGCACCAUUACCACCAAUUUUUAAUUUGUAUCCCUUUUUCGGGAUACUAUUCGCUUAUGCAAAUCUGUAAAAAGAUUACACACAAUUUCUAAAAAUGGAAAGGUUAUGAAUUCUUCAGAACUUGGGGUAGCAGAUUGAUUCAGCUUACUGCAUUGAACAUGCACAACGUCCAGCUUGUUCUUUUUGUGGUUUCACAGAUAGAUAUAGAUAGAUAAUUUCUAUCUAUCUAUAAAUCUUUUUUUUAGCAAUACGUACAGGAUUUGAAUAUUUUAGUUGUGUAAAUACAAUUUUUGUCUACCGUUUGUAAAAUAAGUCUUACUGGGAGGGUUAGUUUUUUUCAUAAAACAUAAAUGUGUUUUUACUAACAUGCUUUGGUGUAAAAUGUACACUUAAUAAAGGUGAACAGUGGGAAAUA